GAAUUUAUGCGCGGUUGAUGGGACCAAUACGAAAGUAAAGGCAGAAGCAAUGGAGGGAUGAGCAUUGAGAAAAGGCAAAGAAGAAGAAGAAGAAGAAGAAGCAAAGGGCAAGUGUUGAUGGCGAAAAUGAUUGGGAAGAGCAGAAGAAGAACAGCUGAACUAUGCCACACAAUGGUCCAUCAAGUCAACGUCCACUGCAAUCUCUUCCACAGGCUCUCCUUUCUUGGCCGUUUCAUUUGGGACAGAAUCCUUCUUUGCUACCUUCCAAGCCCUUACCUCAGGCUGCCCCUCCCUGAACCUCCCUCCGCCCCGCCACCUCCGGCCACCGCCCACGGUGGCUGCCCCCCCAUGCAUGCCCACCCCAUCAUCACCCCCUCAGACUCUGAUUUGGUUAACCUCAAGAUCAGUUUGCUUGGUGAUUGCCAUAUUGGAAAAACUAGCUUUGUGAUCAAGUAUGUAGGGGAUGAGCAAGAAAAGAUAAGCUUGCAGAUGAAGGGGUUAAAUUUGAUGGACAAAACUUUAUUUGUUCAAGGAGCUAGAAUUUCUUUUAGUAUAUGGGAUGUUGCAGGUGACACAGGGUCUCUUCAUCAGAUACCAAUGGCUUGUAAAGAUGCAGUUGCAAUUUUGAUUAUGUUUGAUCUCACUAGUCGUAGUACAUUAAAUAGUGUUGUUGGAUGGUACAGGAAAGCAAGAAAGUGGAACCAGACUGCGAUUCCCAUUCUAAUAGGAACCAAAUUUGAUGAUUUUGUUAGACUUCCCCCGGAUUUGCAAUGGACAAUUGUGACUCAGGCAAGGGCAUAUGCAAGGGCAAUGAAAGCUACCCUCUUCUUCUCAAGUGCAACCCACAAUAUAAAUGUAAACAAAAUCUUCAAGUUUAUCAUGGCCAAGCUCUUUAACUUGCCAUGGACAGUGGAAAGGAAUCUGACACUAGGAGAGCCCAUAAUUGACUUCUGAAACUCUGAAAUGUACUUUACAUCUAUUCAUAUGUAAAUAGCAGGAAGAAAAAAAGAAAGAAAAAAAAAGAUUUAGACAUGGUUAGAUAAACUUCUCAAUAAGAAAAAUAAAAAUAUUUUUUUAUAAAUUAAAAUUAACUUAUGUAUCAUCUAAUUUAUAAAAGAUCUCUCUUA